UCGAGCACGAGCACGUACAUAUGGUACACAACUAUAUAUAAAAUGAAUACCUCAGCUGGGCAGUGGUAAAGAUAUGAAAGAAACAUUGCAGAAAAUCUAUCGAGAGAAAGAAAUAGCGAUACAGGGAAAAGGAGUGAAGAUAACAGAGCGCACGUACACGAAAGUAAAAAGCGCGCUCACAAGCCCCAAGCUCAAAACCAGUAUACAACAGAUACGUUGAGGCAGGUGAACACGGUCUGACACCGCAAGCUCCCAGCGUUGUGUAUAUUCAACAACAAGAAGAAAAAAAAAAACAUCAAGUAGAAUCUCAUAACUGUCAUCAUGCUGUGGACAGCCAGCCAAUUUAUUAGGAAGUUCUCGACCGCUACUGUAUAUUACCAAAAUAAGCUAAAACUUGCUCUGAUUGGCCAGAGUCUGUUUGGACAGGAGGUGUACAGCCAGUUGCGGAAGAAUGGCCACAAAGUGGUGGGAGUGUUCACAGUACCUGACAAGGAUGGGAAGGCAGAUCCUCUGGCUGUGGCGGCAGAGAAAGAUGGCACACCUGUGUUCAAGUUCCCCCGGUGGAGAGUGAAAGGGAAACCGAUCCCGGACGUGGUCGAUGCCUACAAGUCUAUAGGAGCCGAGCUGAAUGUCCUCCCAUUCUGCAGCCAGUUUAUCCCCAUGAACGUGAUCGAUCACCCCAAACAUGGCUCCAUCAUCUACCAUCCCUCCAUACUGCCUGCACACAGAGGGGCUUCUGCUAUCAACUGGACUCUGAUUCAUGGAGAUAAGAAGGCUGGGUUUUCCAUAUUUUGGGCAGAUGAUGGAUUGGACACAGGACCUAUCCUGCUGCAGAGGGAGUGUCCUGUUGAGCCCAAUGAUACGGUGGACACACUAUACAACCGUUUCUUGUUCCCAGAGGGAAUCAGAGGCAUGGUGGAAGCAGUUCAGCUUAUCGCAGAUGGCAAAGCUCCCCGCAUUCCACAGUCUGAAGAAGGAGCCAGUUAUGAAGGUAUUCAGAAGAAGGAUAAUUGCAAGGUCUCUUUCAACCAACCAGCAGAGGCCAUUCACAACUGGAUCCGAGGCCAUGAUAAAGUUCCAGGUGCAUGGACUGUCAUCGAUGGUCAGGUGGUUACCCUGUAUGGCUCAUCCCUUCUUGGUGGCUCGGUGCCCACAGGGCAGCCCCUGGAUAUCGAGGGAACAUCCCAACCUGGCCUCGUCACCAGCAAUGGCCUGGUCCUCUUCGGCACUGAUGGGAAAGCGCUCAUGGUGAGAAACCUUCAGUUUGAAGAUGGCAAAAUGAUCCCAGCAGCCAAGUACUUCUCAGCCGGGGAGAGUGUGAGUGUGGAGCUCACAGAGGAGGAGAAGAAGACUGCUAAGCAAAUCCGGGCUAUAUGGAAAGGGAUUUUAAGCAACGUUCCAAAAGUUGAGGAGUCCACAGAUUUCUUCAAAUCAGGAGCUGCUUCAAUGGAUGUUGUCAGGUUAGUGGAGGAGAUCAAGCAGAAGUGUGACGGACUGCAGCUCCAGAAUGAAGAUGUCUACAUGGCCACCAAGUUUGAGGACUUCAUUCAGUUGGUCGUGAGAAAGCUGCGCGGGGAGGACAAGGAGGAAGAGCUCAUCGUAGAUCAUGUAAUAAAGAAUAUAAAUAACAUGACUGUGAAGAUGCCUCAUCAGUGCUUUAUAAACGGGAGAUUCGAGGAUGCUGAGAAUGGAAAGACUUAUGACACUGUCAACCCCACUGAUGGAUCAGUUAUUUGCAAAGUGUCUUAUGCAUCAGUGGGCGACGUCGACAGGGCAGUAGCAGCGGCCAAAGAUGCCUUUGAGACAGGGCCGUGGGGCAACAUGAAUGCAAGAGACAGAGGCAGGCUGCUGUACAAGCUUGCAGACUUGAUGGAGGAACACCAGGAGGAGCUAGCUACCAUUGAAGCCAUCGACUCUGGCGCUGUCUAUACACUGGCCCUGAAGACUCACGUGGGCAUGUCUAUACAGACCUUCCGCUAUUUUGCUGGAUGGUGCGACAAAAUCCAGGGCACAACAAUACCCAUCAACCAGGCUCGCCCCAAUCACAACUUGACCUUCACCAAAAAGGAGCCUCUGGGUGUAUGCGCCAUUGUCAUUCCUUGGAAUUACCCACUGAUGAUGCUGGCUUGGAAGAGUGCAGCCUGCUUAGCUGCUGGCAAUACCAUCGUCCUGAAACCUGCCCAGGUAACUCCAUUGACAGCACUGAAGUUUGCUGAACUUACAGUCAAGGCUGGCAUCCCCAAGGGUGUUAUAAAUAUUAUACCUGGAUCAGGGGGUCUCGUUGGACAGCGUAUGUCUGAUCAUCCCGACAUCCGCAAGCUGGGCUUCACUGGCUCCACCCCCAUCGGGAAACACAUCAUGAAAAGCUGUGCGUUGAGUAACUUGAAGAAAGUGUCUCUGGAGCUGGGAGGCAAGUCUCCACUCAUCAUCUUUCAAGACUGUGACUUAGACAAGGCUGUGCGAAUGGGUAUGGGAUCUGUAUUCUUCAAUAAGGGAGAGAACUGUAUUGCUGCUGGCCGUCUAUUUGUGGAAGAGUCUAUACAUGACGAGUUUCUGAGGAGAGUGUUGGAGGAGGUUAAGAAAAUGAAGAUCGGAGACCCACUCGACCGUUCCACUGACCACGGACCCCAGAACCACAGGGCGCACAUGGAGAAGCUGCUGGAGUACUGCGAGAUUGGGAAGAAGGAGGGAGCCACACUGGUGUAUGGGGGUCAACAGGUUCAAAGGCCAGGUUAUUUCAUGGAACCAACUGUGUUUACAGAUGUAGAGGAUCACAUGUACCUUGCUAAAGAGGAGUCAUUCGGGCCCAUCAUGGUCAUAUCCAAGUUUAAAGAUGGGGAUGUGGAUGGAGUUCUACAGAGGGCGAAUGACACUGAAUUUGGUCUGGCAUCAGGAGUGUUCACCCGGGACAUCAACAAAGCCAUGUAUGUGAGCGAGAGACUGGAGGCAGGGACUGUGUUCAUAAACACCUACAACAAGACCGACGUGGCCUCUCCAUUCGGGGGCUUCAAACAGUCUGGCUUUGGGAAGGACCUUGGAGAAGCAGCUCUCCAUGAAUACCUCAGGACUAAAGCGGUGACUGUGGAAUAUUGAGAGAUGAGUUCAUUCAGAAGCUACUAAAAAGGAACCACCCAUUCCAUUCUCUCUCGAGCACUUUACUCUGCUAACAGGAAUCACCUGUUAAUUCGCACAGCAAGAAAAACAACUAAAUAAGUGGACAUCGAGUGAACUUAUGCACUGUUCAUUCACUGCUACUACUACAUCCAUGUGCCUACUGAUUAUUAAUUCUGAAAUCUUGGGGGGGGGGGGGGGGGG